AGAACACCAGUUUUGGAGUCAGUUUAGACCUGUGUCUCCUGCAUAGCUGAAAUCUCAGGCAGGUAACUCUUUCAGUCUGGCAUGGCAGAAAAGCCAAUGUGUAUGCCCACACAGAUACCUGAUGAUGAAGAUAUACAAAGAGAAGAUAAUAUUCGUUGCUUAACUAUGCUUGGUCAUUUUGGUUUUGAAUGUUUGCCUCAUCAGUUGGUGAACAGAUCUAUUCAACAAGGAUUCUCUUUUAAUGUUCUCUGUGUGGGAGAAACAGGAAUUGGAAAAUCAACACUAAUUGACACAUUGUUUAAUACUAAUUUGAAAGACAAAAAAUCCUCACACUUUUAUUCAAAUAUUGAACUUAAAAUUCAGACAUAUGAACUUCAGGAAAGCAAUGUUCAAUUGAAAUUAACUGUUGUGAAAACAGUGGGAUAUGGUGAUCAAAUAAACAAAGAAGCCAGCUUCCAACCAAUAGCUGACUACAUAGAUGCUCAAUUUGAGGCCUAUCUUCAAGAAGAAUUAAAAAUUAAGCGUUCCUUUGUCGACUACCAUGAUUCUCGUAUCCAUGUGUGCCUUUACUUCAUUUCACCUACAGGACAUUCUCUGAAGUCCCUGGAUCUAUUAACCAUGAAGAACAUUGACAGUAAGGUGAAUAUUAUACCACUGAUUGCCAAAGCAGAUGCAAUUUCUAAAAAUGAUUUACAGAAAUUUAAAUGUAAGAUAAUGAGUGAAUUGGUUACUCAUGGCAUCCAGAUAUACCAGUUCCCAACAGAUGAUGAAACUACCACUCAAGUGAACUCCUCAAUGAAUGGACAAUUACCAUUUGCUGUAGUGGGAAGUAUGGAUGAAGUGAAAGUUGGGAAAAGGAUGGUCAGAGGUCGCCAGUACCCUUGGGGAGUUUUACAAGUGGAAAAUGAAAGUCACUGUGACUUUGUUAAGCUUCGGGAUAUGCUUCUUUGCACAAAUAUGGAAGACCUGAAAGAACAAACUCACACUCAGCACUAUGAACGUUAUAGGUGCUGCAAACUGCAUAAAAUUGGCUUUACUGAUGUGGGCCCAGACAACCAGCCUGUUAGUUUUCAAGAGAUCUAUGAAGCCAAAAGACAGGAGUUCUAUGAUCAAUGCCAGAGGGAAGAAGAAGAAUUAAAACAGAAGUUUAUGCAGCAAGUAAAGGACAAAGAAAUGACACUUAAAGAAGCAGAAAAAGAGCUACAGGACAAGUUUGAGCAUCUUAAAAGAGUCCAACAAGAGGAGAGAAUAAAGAUUGAAGAGGAAAAAAGACAAUUGGAAGAAGAAAUAAUAAAUUUUUAUAAAAUGAAAGCUGGCUCUGAAACAUUGCAGACUCAGGGUAGCACCAAUAUAAAAAAGGACAAAGAUCGUAAGAAAUAG